AUGGUACCCACGCGCAUGAAGGUCUUCACCUCCACCCUGUGCACCACUAUGCACACCCCUGCCUACGAGUUUCUCUCUGGAGCUGAAACUCACUACUAUGAGAGUCCUGACCGCCGUGAUGUGAUUCUGAAGUACCUCGAGUCACAGGGCGACGCCUUUGAAGUCACCGAGAGGACCGAAGACUUUGGUGCAGGACCCAUUGAACGUGUGCACAAGCAGGAUUUCAUCGAUUAUCUCAAGACUGCCUACGAGGAGUGGAUUGAAGAAGGUGGCCACCCCAACGGAGUCUUGCCAGGCACCAUCCCUCACUACAAGGUUGCCCGUCUCGGCAAACUCAAGGCUUCAAAUUGUUUGGCAAAGUCUGGAGAGUACUGCUUUGACAUGUCCGCUGUUAUUACCAAAGACACGUUCAAGGCAGCAUGGAACGCCGCGCAGGUGACAUUAACGGCGACAAAGGAUUUGGUUCGCGCAGCAGACGAGUUUGAACAGAGCGUUGAAGCUGGUACUGUCACUCGCGAGAGCCCUCCUGGACUUUAUGCCCUCGUGCGUCCACCAGGUCAUCAUGCGCAAUCGGAUAUCUGUGGCGGAUAUUGUUACCUCAACAACCUUGCUAUUGCGGCCCAAUGGUUAAUUGAUCAGCCUGACCUCAAGUCCAAGGCUGACGGCGGUCCCAAGAGGAUCGCUAUUCUUGACAUUGACUUUCACCAUGGCAAUGGCACUCAGGAGAUCUUUUACACGGUUGCCAACCCUCUCUACACAUCCCUCCACUCUGUCGACGACUACCCAUACUUUACCGGUUCAGAUCUCGAAAAGGGUGAAGGCGAAGGACUCGGCUUCAACAUCAACGUCCCCCUGGCCCAAGCAACCACCAACGACGACUAUGUCGAGACCCUCGACAAGUUGAUCCAAGAUCAUGUUAUCCCCUUCAAGCCAGACUACAUCCUUGUCUCGCUCGGUGUCGAUACCUACAAGGACGAUCCCAUCGCCGGGUUCCUGGUCACCUCGGAGGGAUACCCCAGAAUUGGAAACUCGAUCCGCAAGAUCGGCGUGCCCACGUUGUUUGUUCAGGAGGGUGGUUAUUGUAUCGAGAAGUUGGGCCUUAAUGUCGGCGGAAUCCUUUUGGGUUUCAUGGGCAAAACUGGUGUUCCUCAAUAA